UGGAGGCUGAGCCGUGAGGACGCCGGUCGCCGGCCGGGGCUCUACGGGGCCGCGCAGCAGAGCGCGCGUCCAUCUGGUGCUCGCGCGGGGCUAGUGCGGCGCCGCUGGGUGCUGCGGGAAGGCGCUGGGCUGCGGGAACCUGGCAGGGCAGCCGCAGCCUUGGCGAGGCCGGCAGGAACCGAGCGGAGGGACGAGCCGGGGACCGAGGAAACUGGACAACGUCAAUUUGAGUGGAUUUUGAAAAAUGUCUAAAGGUUAGCGGGUAGCAUCUACAUUCUGCCUUCUCUCAACUCUUUACAAAAGAAUAAAUGAGAUGUUUGAGAAGAGAGCUAUAUUAAAAGAACAAUGUUGCAAAUGGCUUCAGAAUCUGUGAAUGCAAAACAAGCUAGGAAUCACUGCACAAAGGUGAAAAGGCAGCAGCAUCAGCAAAUAAAGAAUAGGUCUUCAAUUAGUGAUGGUGAUGGAGAAGACUCCUUUAUCUUUGAAGCAAAUGAAGCUUGGAAAGAUUUUCAUGGAUCCCUUCUCCGGUUUUAUGAAAAUGGAGAACUCUGUGAUGUCACACUAAAGGUUGGCUCAAAGCUCAUCUCUUGUCACAAACUAGUAUUGGCUUGUGUUAUCCCCUACUUCAGAGCCAUGUUUCUCUCCGAAAUGGCUGAAGCCAAGCAAACACUGAUUGAGAUCAGAGAUUUUGAUGGUGAUGCAAUAGAAGACUUGGUUAAAUUUGUCUAUUCUUCACGGCUCACUUUGACUGUUGACAAUGUCCAGCCUCUCUUAUACGCAGCCUGUAUUCUACAGGUUGAACUGGUGGCUAGAGCUUGUUGUGAAUACAUGAAGUUACAUUUUCAUCCCUCCAACUGCCUGGCAGUGAGAGCCUUUGCUGAAAGUCACAACCGAAUAGACUUAAUGGACAUGGCGGAUCAGUAUGCCUGUGAGCAUUUUACUGAAGUAGUGGAGUGUGAAGACUUUGUAAGUGUGUCACCCCAACAUCUCCAUAAGCUUUUGUCCUCCAGUGAUUUAAAUAUUGAGAAUGAAAAGCAGGUCUAUAGUGCAGCCAUCAAGUGGCUUCUUGCAAAUCCUCAGCAUCAUUCCAAAUGGUUGGAUGAAACACUUGCACAGGUUCGUUUGCCGUUGUUGCCAGUUGAUUUUCUUAUGGGUGUUGUGGCAAAAGAACAGAUUGUCAAGCAAAAUCUAAAAUGUAGAGAUUUAUUGGAUGAAGCAAGAAAUUACCAUCUUCACUUGAGUAGCAGAGCAGUACCUGACUUUGAAUACUCCAUUCGGACUACCCCAAGGAAGCGAACUGCUGGUGUGCUGUUUUGUGUAGGUGGUCGAGGUGGAUCUGGUGACCCCUUUCGCAGUAUUGAAUGCUAUUCUAUCAGCAAAAACAGUUGGUUUUUUGGGCCAGAGAUGAAUAGUCGAAGGCGACAUGUGGGUGUAAUCUCUGUGGAAGGUAAAGUGUAUGCAGUUGGUGGACAUGAUGGAAAUGAACAUUUAGGUAGUAUGGAGAUGUUUGAUCCUUUCACUAAUAAAUGGAUGAUGAAGGCAUCAAUGAACACAAAGAGGCGAGGAAUUGCCUUGGCCUCCUUGGGAGGUCCAAUUUAUGCAAUUGGUGGGUUAGAUGACAACACUUGCUUCAAUGAUGUAGAAAGAUAUGACAUAGAAUCUGAUCAGUGGAGUACAGUGGCACCAAUGAAUAGUCCUCGUGGAGGAGUUGGCUCUGUGGCUCUUAUAAACCAUGUUUAUGCAGUAGGUGGCAAUGAUGGAGUAGCUUCUUUAUCUAGUGUGGAGAGGUAUGAUCCACAUCUGGAUAAGUGGAUAGAAGUUAAAGAAAUGGGUCAACGAAGAGCAGGCAAUGGAGUUAGUGAGCUCCAUGGUUGCUUGUACGUUGUUGGUGGUUUUGAUGAUAAUUCUCCUCUGAGUUCAGUUGAGCGGUAUGAUCCUCGGAACAACAAAUGGGAUUAUGUAGCAGCACUUACCACUCCCAGGGGUGGAGUGGGGAUUGCAACAGUGAUGGGCAAAAUCUUUGCAGUUGGUGGGCAUAACGGCAACGCGUACUUAAAUACAGUGGAAGCAUUUGAUCCAGUGCUGAAUAGGUGGGAGCUGGUUGGAUCUGUGUCUCACUGCAGAGCUGGAGCAGGCGUAGCUGUGUGUGCCUGUUUAACCAGCCAAAUUCGAGAUGUAGGUCAUGGAUCCAAUAAUGUGGUUGAUUGUAUGUGAUUUGAGUUCCGGCCACCAACAAUUUAGUCAUAAUUGAUAUGCAAGAAGGACAACCAGGAUUUUGUAUGACCACCUUUGAACAGUUUUCACUACUGCUGGAGUCUUAUUUUAAAUGAAAACUGUUGUAUUGUGACUAAGUGCAACAUUUAGAAUGGUAGCUAAAGAUCUUUUGUAAUAAAAGUAAAUUUGAUACUUUCCACUUUAGCAAAUAAUGGGGUAGGGAAGAAAAACAAUUUAACCUGAAACCAUACCUCCUCUGAAAAAUGUUUAAAGUAGUACCAGAACCUUGAAAUCCCUCUUUAAAGACAUUUGGAUAAAUCAAAAUGUAAAAUGGAAUCAUUUCCAUUUUACCUGAGUUUUACCUUCUCUUUUGCCUAACAGUGUUAACUGUAGGCAGUGGACUUCUCCUAGAGGGGAGAUUAGAACCUAGUCUUCAACACAAGUAUAUCAGGACACAUAAAAGACCUGCUCCUUUUGAAGAUCAUUUCUACUUCGUGCUGAUGAAUUUAUGCCUUGCUUUUUUUCUAGAUGUCAAUUUUUCAAUUUCUUGGAUAUUUAUAGAAGUAGAAAAAAUGUUUACUCUUUUUCAGUGUCACUUGGCUGAAUUUUCAGAAGCUUUAUGGGCUUCUGCUGUAAGAAGCCCUUAAUUACAGUUUGACUUAUUUAGGGUACCAAACACCUACCUGAACUAAUCCCAUCUGAAUAAAUCUAUACUUGUAUUUUUUCAUCUCAUGCAAAAAGGACUUGUUUCAUAUUAGCAAAAAUUGAACCAGAAGAAAUAUUACAGGAGAAGGCUUUAGAGUUGAUAUUAUUCUGGUGCCCCGAUGAAAGACCUUGAGAAGAAAUGGUGCCGAUUACAUGACUCCCUGAGAGGAAUUUGAAAAUAUGUCUCUUGUUUGAUUUAAUCAUUUGGUUUUGAGCCUAGGAUUAUUAUCUUUCCAUUUUGCUCUUUUCCACCAUCUUGGCUUCAAAAAAAAACCGGAAUUUGGAUGUAUUUAUUAUCAGAAAAUGAAUGCAUUUUUAUAAAAAUUCUUUAUAGAUUAUGGUUUACUGAUUAGUUCAAAUCCAUUAUUACCAAUAAAAGAUAUUGUUACUAAAAACAGAGCAAGAUUGAAAUUUACUGUUUUUUGUUUAAUCAACUUUAGUAUAUUUAUUGAACUUCAAUUGAAAAUAUUUCUGCACAUUAAUUUGAAGCCAGAAUAUUGAUAAACCUACUGAUUUAACAGCUCUUCGUGGUUUUAGCCAAUAUUAUAAAAUGGCCUAUUCAUUAUAUGUAAAUAUUUGUGUGAAUAUUUAUGAAGAAUAUUAAAAUACUCUGUUUUGUAUUUGGAAUGCACUUUGGUACCUCUCUUCCAGGCUUCCUUGAAUUUUCCUGUCAUCAUGCCUCCCAAUUUAGUGUAGUUCAUUGCGGGUUCACAAGGAAGCUGGGGUAUUGAGGAACCCAUCCAGCCAGCUCUGAAGUUGAUUGCCUAUUAACUCUGAUGGUCCUCGUUAAAAGGUAGCCUGGGCUUGUCCGCAUAGUAGAGUAGAAAGCCACAUUACAAAAGCCAGUGUCUAUUGAGUUUAUUAGACCAAAAAA